CCUACUGAUGUAUAUGAAGGGUAUGGUAGCUACAAACUCAGGCAUAUCCGUUGAGGGCUCUGAAUGAACCACUGAGGUCUUUGAGCCAGCUUGUUAUCUGACGUACCUCAAUGAAAACAACUACACUCCGGUAUCCUUUCCACCGGGAAAAUUGUCUAAAUGGGAUGCCUUUGACAUAGAACCUGGAUCGGGACAGGAGUAACGUUAGUUAGUACGAGAGACCUGCAAUUAAGGACAUCUACUCCGGAUUCAACACUGUACUGCGACAGCUGGCUUGACAACAAUGAUGGCUUUUGCUAAUUGCUAGCUAGCAACAAACACACCAAUCUAACGUUGGCUAACUAGCUGGCUAGCUAACAGGCGCAUUUAACUAAAUAUUUGAAGAGGAACCAAAGACAGAUCUAUAGUCACAUUAGCAACUGUCUGCCCAGUUGGGGUAACGUUACAGCGUCACCAUUUCCGGGCUUGUGACAUCUGGGAUAGUGGAGCGGGACGUUGCUUUGAGGGGUACGGGGAUCGGAUCUGUAUCGGUUUCCAUACCCGGACUGCUAGAGGACAGCAUGGCUGCAGGAAAGGGAGCGGGGAAGCCCUCGCUACUGCAGAACGAGCGUAUACGAUUCAUUGUCUGUUUCCUCGGAGUCUUCGUUUGUUAUUUUUACUAUGGCAUAUUACAAGAGACAAUGUAAGUAGCAUCCUGGUCUGACAUCCGAGCCACAGCAUUGAUUUCAAAACAUAAUCUCGUGGCUCUUUGUGCUCACUGCUUUCAUUGGCUGUUUCUUUGUGCAUAUUUAGUUGGUGAUACUGUAGUGUAACAAGAUCAUGUCAAUAUUGAAUGUAGGCGAGCCAACACUACAGAACUAAAAUGGUGAAAAACUAUAAUCCCUAUGGUAUUAGCUAGCUAAAUACUGUAGAUAUGUCUUGAAUGGUAUGUCACUUGAGGGUGAGGAACCAUAUCUUGUUUACAGUGAUGAUUUGUAUCUGUAGUCAACCAGAGCAGACUACUAGUACCUCACACUGCCCUCUCCUUCUAUUUGUAUAGCCUACAGAUACUCCACAGUCUAAUUAACAAAUUCCCUUGCUGGAAAUCAAGGCCUGUGUGUCCUAUCUGUGUGUUAUAAGAAGUGGAUUAACAUGAGUGGUUGCACUGAUAAAUGGUCAUAAUGCUGUUUGUCUGAUUUACCCAGUACCCGAGGACAGUAUGGUGAGGGGGAGAAGAAGGAGAAGUUUGUUUAUGCCACAACACUGGUAUUCAUCCAAUGCAUCAUCAAUGCUGGGUUCGCCAAGAUCUGUGAGUAAACCACACGUAGUCAUCAAUCAUGGCCUUUCACCUUCUGCCCAAUACAUUAAUCUCCAACAUAUCAUGCCAACGUGGGUGUUUCAAUGGUCUGUUGGUGUUGAAUCUCCAUUUAUUAUAUAUUUGUAUCUUCUCUCCCUCCUCCCCAUCAGUGAUUCAGUUUUUUGAGGGUUCCAGACCGGACCACACCAAGAGCUGGCUCUAUGGAGUGUGUUCCCUGUCUUAUCUUGGAGCCAUGGUAUCCAGCAACUCUGCCCUACAGUAUGUUAAUUACCCCACACAGGUCAGUCUUAUCCCUCACCCCAUACUGUCUCUCGCUGUCGUCAUCAUUUUUUGUGAUAUUGUAUUAUUCUAAUAUCUAAACAUCCUCUCUAUUGUUGUCACAGGUGUUGGGGAAGUCUUGUAAGCCCAUCCCAGGUAGGUGUAAUAAUUAUAUUAUUGCUCAUCCUGACCCCACUCUCAACACGUGAAUACAGUGGGGAAAAAAAGUAUUUAGUCAGCCACCAAUUGUGCAAGUUCUCCCACUUAAAAAGAUGAGAGAGGCCUGUAAUUUUCAUCAUAGGUACAUGUCAACUAUGACAGACAAAAUGAGAAAUUUUUUUUCCUGAAAAUCACAUUGUAGGAUUUUUUAUGAAUUUAUUUGCAAAUUAUGGUGGAAAAUAAGUAUUUGGUCAAUAACAAAAGUUUCUCAAUACUUUGUUAUAUACCCUUUUUUGGCAAUGACACAGGUCAAACGUUUUCUGUAAGUCUUCACAAGGUUUUCACACACUGUUGCUGGCCCAAUUUUGGCCCAUUCCUCCAUGCAGAUCUCCUCUAGAGCAGUGAUGUUUUGGGGCUGUCGCUGGGCAACACGGACUUUCAACUCCCUCCAAAGAUUUUCUAUGGGGUUGAGAUCUGGAGACUGGCUAGGCCACUCCAGGACCUUGAAAUGCUUCUUACGAAGCCACUCCUUCGUUGCCCGGGCGGUGUGUUUGGGAUCAUUGUCAUGCUGAAAGACCCAGCCACGUUUCAUCUUCAAUGCCCUUGCUGAUGGAAGGAGGUUUUCACUUAAAAAUUCACGAUACAUGGCCCCAUUAAUUCUUUCCUUUACACGGAUCAGUCGUCCUGGUCCCUUUGCAGAAAAACAGCCCCAAAGCAUGAUGUUUCCACCCCCAUGCUUCACAGUAGGUAUGGUGUUCUUUGGAUGCAACUCAGCAUUCUUUGUCCUCCAAACACGACGAGUUGAGUUUUUACCAAAAAAUUCUAUUUUGGUUUCAUCUGACCAUAUGACAUUCUCCCAAUCCUCUUCUGGAUCAUCCAAAUGCACUCUAGCACACUUCAGACGGGCCUGGACAUGUACUGGCUUAAGCAGGGGGACACGUCUGGCGCAGCAGGAUUUGAAUCCCUGGCGGCGUAGUGUGUUACUGAUGGUAGGCUUUGUUACUUUGGUCCCAGCUCUCUGCAGGUCAUUCACUAGGUCCCCCCGUGUGGUUCUGGGAUUUUUGCUCACCGUUCUUGUGAUCAUUUUGACCCCACGAGGUGAGAUCUUGCGUGGAGCCUCAGAUCGAGGGAGAUUAUCAGUGGUCUUGUAUGUCUUCCAUUUCCUAAUAAUUGCUCCCACAGUUGAUUUCUUCAAACCAAGCUGCUUACCUAUUGCAGAUUCAGUCUUCCCAGCCUGUUGCAGGUCUACAAUUUUGUUUCUGGUGUCCUUUGACAGCUCUUUGGUCUUGGCCAUAGUGGAGUUUGGAGUGUGACUGUUUGAGGUUGUGGACAGGUGUCUUUUAUACUGAUAACAAGUUCAAACAGGUGCCAUUAAUACAGGUAACGAGUGGAGGACAGAGGAGCCUCUUAAAGAAUAAGUUACAGGUCUGUGAGAGCCAGAAAUCUUGCUUGUUUGUAGGUGACCAAAUACUUAUUUUCCACCAUAAUUUGCAAAUAAAUUCAUAAAAAAUCCUACAAUGUGAUUUUCUGAAUUUUGUUUUCUAAAUUUGUCUGUCAUAGUUGACGUGUACCUAUGAUGAAAAUUACAGGCCUCUCUCAACUUUUUAAGUGGGAGAACUUGCACAAUUGGUGGCUGACUAAAUACUUUUUUUCCCCACUGUAUGUCAUAAACAAGUCAUAUGUAGGCUUUGGCUUGGUGACCAGUACAGAUUUGAGGGGUUAGUUUGCCAUAUUUUAUUGCAGGGCCUCUUUCUGUAGCAGUGUGUCAUGUUUCAGUGUCAGCCGGACUCCCUUAGCUUCAUUUCCUGUGCCCUUUUUUUAAAGCUGCAAUAUGAAACUUUUUGGGCGACCCGACCAAGUUCACAUUGAAAUAUGAGUUAUAGAUCUGUCAUUCUCAUUGCAAGCAAGUCUAAGAAGCAGUAUAUCUGUUCGAUGUGCACUAUUUCUAUCCUUCCCGUUCUUAAGUUUUGUUUUUGCAUCUUUUACUUUCGGUUUUGUUGAAAAUACAAUAUUUUUGGAUAUUGAAAAUAUAUUUUCACCACGGUUUAGAUGGUACAAUGAUUCUUUACACUAUACAUGUCUUGUUUUGUCACAUAAACUGAAAUUAGACAAACGAUUAGAAUUUAUGCAACCAGGAAAUGGCGGAGCGAUUUCUGCAUAUUGCACCUUUUAAACUACACAUCACAUCAGCCCUUCCAAACUCAGUGUCCCUGUUCAUUGAACAUACAUUCUAUUUGCAUGCACCUGCUGUGAGUCUCUGACUCCCCAUGUAGACUACCCUAUGACUGCAAGUGUCAUGCUAUCAAUAAGUACAUGAAGGUUAUCUUCUGUCCCUCCCGGUAUGUUGUAAUAUGUAAACACUGUCUCAGGUUAGUGUGUUCUGUAGUAAUACACUGCCCAGUCUUAUCCCUUGAGCAUGUAUAGCCCAUUAACCUACAAAGCCAUGAUUAUUACCCCCUGACUGACUUGUCUUUCUAUGUGCACAUUGACCUAAUAGACCAGUGAUGGCUGCUGCUGAUAACCGCCCGUCACAUCCCUUUGCCUUUGGUUCCACAGUGAUGAUCCUGGGUGUAUUUGUACUGAGGAAGAAAUACCCGCUGGCCAAGUACCUGUGUGUGCUGUUGAUCGUCAGCGGGGUGGCCCUGUUCCUCUAUAAACCCAACAAGAGUGUCACUUCCACAGAAUCUGCUUUCGGCUUCGGGGAGAUCCUGUUGGUGAGUGUAACUGUCCUCACACUGUCCUCAUCUGCCUGUGUUAUUAUCUCUUUGACCUGGUAUGUGUUUCUCUGUGUGUGUCUCUGCCUAUAUGUGUAUUUGCUGUCUGUGUCUCUGUGGGAUCGUAAAUGUGACCUUCUCUCUCCCUGUAACUAGCUGCUAUCUCUGACCAUGGACGGUUUGACUGGUGUGGCCCAGGACCACAUGAGGAGUCUCUUCCAGACCAGUGCCAACCACAUGAUGCUCAACAUCAACAUGUGGUCCACCCUGGUGCUGGGACUAGGUGAGUCACCUGUUCCCCCUCACUAGUCUGAAAUUAUACACUUUGUCAGAUCUCUCUGCUUUGUGUUUCUUCUAUAUAUCCAUCUCUGCCAGCUCCAUGUCUCUACAAAUACCAUUAUCUUCAUCUCAGAUCUCCCUUCUUAGUCUAAUAAGUGUCCCCAUCUCAUGCUUUUCUAUGGCCCUACUUUUGUCAGAAACCUUUUCUUCUGUUUUGGCCAAAGCAGUCCCCACUUCCACAAUUUUAUUCAACCCAAUCAAACUGCUGUUACUGCUCCGUUCCAGUAGGGGGAGCCCUUAAUCCACUGUUGAUUUGGAUUUUGGAUCAGGUAUUUUCACUGGAAAGUUAUGGAACCAAUCUCAGCAUGGGUUUGAUUCCAAAACAAUCAAAGUAAUUAAUUGGCUUCUCCCCCCAUUUGUAGCAGAAGAAAAAGCUAACCAAUCGUAUAACUUGAGAUUAAAAAAUAAGAAUCAAGCAGCAAUUGUUACAUGCAGGAUAAAAACAUAUAUUUAUUCUGAAUUGUGUCACUUUCAGUCAAUUAUCUCAUGUGUUUCUCUCUUUCAGGGGUGUUGUGGACAGGUGAGGUAUGGGACUUCCUGAGCUUCACAGACCGUCACCCCAGCAUCCUCUGGAACAUCCUUUUGUUUGGAAUCACCAGCGCUUUAGGCCAGGUGGGUUUCACAUGGGUGUGACUGUGUGUGCCAUGUCUGCAAAUCACGUUAUACAUUUUCAUUGGUUCACAUGUGUGUAAUUCUUAUGGAUACGUGCUAGUAGUUUACAGUGGUCUUGUUUACAGUGCAGAGGGUAUUUUAUAGUAACAGUCAUUCACUCCUCUUCCUCUCUUAGACCUUCAUCUUCAUGACCGUGGUGUACUUCGGCCCUCUCACCUGCUCCAUCGUCACUACCACACGGAAGUUCUUUACCAUCCUGGGCUCUGUCCUUCUGUUCGGCAAUGUCCUCAACACCAUGCAGUGGGUCGGCACUAUCCUCGUGUUCCUUGGUGAGUAACAACACUAACUUGUUAACUCUUAAUAUCUCUCUCAGAUGUUGUGACUGUCUCUCAGUCUGUUUCUCUUUAUCACUUACUCUCUCUCUCUCAUUCUUGCCAUCUCCCUCCACCGUGUGCUCCUGUGUCUGUAGUAAUUUUCUGCUUCACCUCAUUGUACAAAUGCUGAGCUGCUUUUCAGCUGCUUAUGGCACUGUUCCAUUAGCGCUUAUAGGCCUAGAUUAGUAGUGAAGUCUUUUUUGGCUGAUGAGAUGACUAGACACCUCUAUUUUCUUAAUUGUAUCAUGUGCUUUCUCGUUUAAGGUCUCGGGUUUGAUGCCAAAUUUGGCAAGACACCAAAGAAGACAACACACUAAGGAACCUGGAAUAUGUGUCAUGGCAAAACUGACAAACUGAAAGUCCAGUGGACAGAAAUGUUCUUAUCACAUCCUGCCUAGGCAGUACACCUACAUAAACCUAGUCAUUGUUAGUUACCAUAUUAUAUUUUUUAAAAAAUUACUUAAUCAUGAAAGAAGCCCCUAUGUUUUGUUAUGUCUACUAAGACAGACAAGCAUCAUCUACUUAGACCGCAAGACCACAUCCACAUGAAGAGGAAAUGGGACAGAAUGAGAUGGGUGGGCAGAGGAAAGAUGACAACAUGCACAUCAAAUCACUUGUGGUUGUUGAGGCUGCUCCUCUCUCUGGACUACAUCUGAACCACACAGGCCUAUGAAUCUCAGCUCCAAGAUUUACCUCAUGAACUCAUCACCAAGGAAUGACUGGUUUUCACUGGUAUUUGUUACCGUAGUAAAUGAAUCGGUUACAGAAAAACACCCCAAUAAACGAGUCGAUUGUCUUGUCAGUUAGUAGAAGUGUACCAAGUAAAUAUCUAUUAUCAGAUCUCAAGUUGUUGAGACAAGCACAAUAUUCUGAAAGUUGACAUGCAAUAGAUGAGGAGUUUUUACACUUCCAUGUAGUUUACUCAUGAUGUUAGUCUUCAUUUCCAUUAUUAUCCUGGCAGACAACUAGCCUCUGUAUUAUGGAAUGAAUCAACAUAAAAUACUGUAAAUUAACCAAUUUGUUUAUGAUACUCAUGGCCAUUCUGACAGCUAAAUUGUUGUUGCUCUUUUUUAAAAAUAAAUGUAGGAUAUGCUAUGAACUACAAAAUAAAAGGGAAACCAUAAUAUUAUGGUAUCAGCCUAGCUAUAUGUUUAAUAAAUUGCUAUUAUUAAAAGUUUUGGCCAAACUGGAUGGAAAUCUGCCAACAUACAAUUAUUUUUCAGAGAAUUAAAACCAGAUGAAAUUAAACAGAAUGAUACAUGAUUUGGCUUGUAUCUGUGUUUUGAUAUGACCAUUAAACAUGUUUUCCACAGUUCUAGGAUUGUAACACCAGGCUGACAAUGGCCUAGUUAUUUCUCAACAUUAUAAAUGUAUCAUGUAUGCAUGUCAUGGGAGUCCAUUUGUUUUACAUAAUACUGAAAGAUUUUUGGAAGGUUUGUUCGUUGUAGUCUAUCAAAUUAGGUCUACUCCCCUGGUUAGAACUUUCCCACACACAGACACAUAGACAGGCUGUGUAGAAACUCUUAUGAGAUGUUAAUGACCAAUUUUCUGUGAAAAUACAAUUUAGAGGAAACAAACAUUGGUAGAUGUUGGAGAGGCAAUCUGAUUAACAGGGUGAGCUGCAGGAUGCUGGCAGAGCACACAGAAAACUAAAUUGUCCAGCCC